AUGAGCAUCUGUCUUCGAACGAUUCUCAGCCGAUAUCAACUCAUCUCAUUCUCCAAACGACUUCUCUCGACGAAACCCGCAACAACAUCGGAAUUAAAAUUAAGUGAUAGUUGCGUUCGACGUCUCCAAGAUAUAUUAAAGAAUCCAUCGGAAAAACUUCGUGUGUUUGUCGAAGGCGGCGGUUGUUCCGGUUUUCAAUAUAAAUUCCUUGUCGAAUCAAACAACGAAACGAUCAAAGACGAAGAUUUAAUCAUCGAACGCGACGGUGUGAAAGUUAUUGUCGACAAAGAUUCAUUAGAGUUAUUAAAAGGUUCAACUAUCGAUUAUCAGGAAGAAUUAAUUCGAUCUAGCUUUCGUAUUGUCAACAAUCCCAACGCUGAACAAGCAUCAACAUUGGUUUCGGGCUCAAUUCGAGCCGUAAAUCGAGGUAGACGUUUAACGAAUCUACCGACUCGGGCAGCAAUAACUCUAACUGAUUCAGCUGUUCGUCGUGUUAAAGAAAUUUUAAAUGCUAAACCGGAAGCGAUUGCACUUCGUAUUGGUGUUCGACAACGUGGAUGUAAUGGUCUUUCAUAUACACUUGAUUAUGCGCAAGAAAGGAAGAAAAUGGACGAAGAAGUUUCUCAAGACGGUGUCAAGUUGUUAAUCGAUCCGAAAGCACAACUAUCCUUGCUAGGAACAGAGAUGGAUUUUGUCAAAGAUAAAUUAUCAAGUGAAUUCAUAUUCAAUAAUCCAAAUAUCAAAGGAACCUGUGGUUGUGGUGAAUCAUUUAAUGUUUAG